AUGGAAAUUGAUAAUCAAGUUAGGAUGGAGAUUGAUGGUUUAUCUGAGGAUGGAGCAAAUGAAUAUAGCAAGGAGUUUGAAGAUUUAUUUUGGAAAGUUUUUAAUAACAAAUUUAUCAGAAGAUACCUAUUCAUGACAUUACAAACAAUGAAAACUCAAGGAGAUAGUAUCAAAUCUUUUUAUAUUGGUAAUCGUCAACAAUUUGGCCGAAUCAAAUCAUUAUCAUGGAUGGUUAAAAGGAAAGCAUGGGCUCUAUUAAAGUUAAAGCUCAAGAAUUCUGCUGAAUUCCCUACUGAAGAAAACUACUUAGAUUUUUAUUCAGGUAAUUCUUAUGAAAAAAUAGUCCCAGGUAGUGAAAAAGAUGAAUACUUACAAAUCACAGCAAAAGGGGUAUCAGGUUUAUUCAAGGAAUGUCAAGAUAUGGAAAUUUUUAGAUUACUCUAUUUAAAAAAAAGAGAUCAAAUGAAUAUUGUUGGGGAUAUUCUCAAAUGUGCAGUGGAGAAUGAAAACUUUCAGGCUGUAAAGUUAUUUUUAGAAGAUGAAGAAUUUAAAGGCAAACUCUCUACCGCAUUGGCUUUAGAAUGGUGUAUCGAAAAUGAAAAGCUUGAAAUCGCAGAGUAUCUUUAUAAUACUGAUGAAUCUGUUUCAGUUUCAACUUCUAAACUAUUCUCCUCACCAAGAUCAAAUGAAAUGACCAAAUUCGUUUUAGAUAGACCAGGCUUAUAUGCUGAAGCCCCCAAGAAUUCACUCAUUAGCUAUAAGGUAUUUUUAGAGACCAAAGACCCCCAAUUACAAAUGGUUAUGGUAGAUAAAGAAUUGGUUGACACAUCAUCAUUAGCUCUUUUGGAUUUCCAAAAUAGAAUUACACUCAGCAAAAAAGAAUUUGUAUAUAACGAAGCAAUUGUCAAGUAUAUCAAAAGGUUCUUUAGAAUAGAGGAAGUUUUUUCUUCAAAAUACAUCUUUUUCGCCCAGCAAUUACUCUUUGAUGUUUUAAAAGAUUUAACUAGUAUUAAAGAUGUUAUCGAAAAAGCCAAAUCCAUUAGUUCAGAACAAAAAAUAAUCAAGUUUAUUUGUGAAAGUGCUUCGUUAAUUGAACAAUUCAAAUUAAAUUCAAACUUUGCCGAUCUUUGUUAUUUCAUGUCUUUAACCGUAGAAACUCGCCAAUUAGAUUCACUUUUUAGUCACUAUUCAUUAUUCAAAAACUCAAAUUUCAAAGUAGAUGAAAUUAAAGAAAUAUUCCAACUUUUAUAUGACAGCUACGAUCCUCUCAACUCUUUUAUUCAAGCAAUUACACCAAUUAAAGGUUUGUCUCAAGAUGAUGCAAUUGCUCUAGUGGAAAGUUUACCAGAUAUAUGUUCAAAUGCCUAUCUUAUCUUAAAAAGUUUUUAUAUUGAUGCUGCCAAGAGAUGUGAUGUCCAAGCCUUAAUAAUUAUUUUCCAAUAUUCCUACUUUAGAAACUUUAAUAAAGUAUUUGAAGCUUCAGGUUUUGGCGAAAAUAUUGAAAUGUUUACUGAAUGUGACGGUGAUAUUGACAAAAUUUCAAAUUUUAUCUGUUGUUUAUGUUUUUCUAAAGUUUCCUAUCCAUUUGAACAAUUAACAAAACAUCUUAGAAAAGUUGUUACAGAUAGAAUUAAAUUUAUUCAAGUUUUUUCAAAUUUUCCAAAAAUCCCAGAGUGCAACAAUGUCAUAAGAGAUUAUGCUUAUAGUUAUCUCCGAAACCCAGGUAACGAAAAUACAGAAACCAUUUCAUCACUAUUGAAAUACUCGGCCGAUUACUUAUCACCACUAGAUGCAUAUGAUCUAUUUUCAACUUAUAUUGAAGAAGGUGAAAUUGAAAUGGCCAAUGCUUUAUUCGAUAGCUUUCCAGGUUCACACUUUCAAACAUAUAAAGUCGAAAAUUGCGAACCUCAAAUUAUCAAAUGGUUUAUGGAAAAAUAUCAAAAUGGAUCAAAUUUUGAUUUUUCAGAAUUAUUAGAUACUUUAAUCGAAGUCAAAUCUCCAUUUGAAACCAUUGAAAUGGUUUUCAAUUUUUUAGUUUCAUAUCAAAUCUAUCAAUUACCACCAAAAAAGCUCGAGGGUAUCAAAGGUAACUUUUUCUCCUACAAAGCCGUAAAAUUAUCAUUAGAAUAUGAUUCAGAACAAGUUUUCAAUCUUUUAUUUUCCAACCACCAACUUUUCUUUUGGAACAAGUCACUAUUUUCAAUUGAAAUUGAUGACCAUACUUUUAGUGAAAUCAACAAUCGCGUUGUAUUAUUUAGAAACAGCACAGUUACAAAAAAGAAAAAGAAAACCAAAUUUAGUCCCAAAAAAAAUUCUAAAGCAAUUAUUAUCUCUGGUAAUAAUAAUAAUAAUAAUAGCGAAACCCCAUUAAAUGUCCAAGCUUCGGCCAUUGUAGAACCAAAAAUCAAAACAGAUAAAUAUAAAUAUGUAUUUAAUAGCAAAUUUUACCAAGAAGAAUUAGGAUUAUUAGUUUCUUUUGGUGAGGUCAGUGAUGCAAUUCAGUAUUUAAAAUCACAACUAUACCCAACUCCAUUCCCCAAAGAAAGAGUUUUUAAAAUUAUUAAGUACUCUAGCAUGGAUUUGGUUUUAGAAUAUUUUUCAAUCACAAAAUAUGAACAAUUAUCGGAUGAAGAAAUUGUUGGAAAAAUGUUCAAGUAUGGCAGAAACGAUAUCAUCGAAGUUUUAUUCAAAACCCAUUAUAACCAAUUAGAGAGAUCAUUCAAGAAAUGUGCCCAAUAUAACAAUUUCCACACUGUUGUUUUAUUACUAAAACUUGUCCAAAACAAACACAACAGUAACAAAUCUGCUUUCAUUAUUAAUUUAUCUCAUCAGUUAAUAAAAGAAGCCAUUAUAUCAGAUGAUAUCAUUAUCUUCAAUUUAUUGUACUUCAACUUCACUUUUAAAUUAUCUUUAGAUUGCUUUAUACAAGAUUAUUCUCAAUCUAAUGCUUUUAAUGAAAAUUAUAAAACAGUUAAAGAGCUAAGUCCAUCAGUUUAA